GACCGCGUCCCACCCCCUCCCACCCGCCGACCGCCGAAACCGACCGAGCCAACGCGAGGCGGCGGCGGCGGCGGCGGCGGCGAUGCACGCGGCGGUCGCCUAUCGCUGCGCGGCCGCGCAGCGCUGCGCCGAAGCUUGCAGCCCAUGGCCUUCGCUCACGCGGGAUGCGUCCCUCCUCCCCGGCCGCGUCCGCCUCUUCUCCGGCGACACGGCGGCGGCGGCGGCGCCCCUCCGCGUCGGUUCCCUGUUCCAGUUCCGGACCUUCGGCGGCGGCGGUUUAGCGCACCUCGAGUCCCAGGAUUGGGAGGCGCCGCGGCUGUCGCGCGCGCUCCAGCGAAUCCUUUCCGAUCACCAGAAAAUGGCUUGUACGGACCUACUGAAAUCUGCUGUACUUUCAACCAUGCUGAUACUCGCCCUGCCUCCUGAGGCAUCAGCGGAGACGUGCCAACCAGCAAAUUCUUUUGCCAAUAUGCCCAUUUUUGUUGCUGUGGCUCUAAUAGGAGCAGCUGUUGGCGGAUUGUUAGCGCGACAAAGAAAAGAGGAAUUAAAGCGGCUGAAUAAUCAACUUCGCCAGAUUAACAUGGCACUUAGAAGACAGGCACAGAUUGAGUCGUUUGCUCCUGGCCUUACUUAUGCACCAGUUGGGAGAACCACAGAAAGUGAUGUUAUUGUUGAUCCAAGGAAGCAGCAAUUGACCAUAAACCUGAGAAAUGGGAAGAAAUACCUGAGGAAUCAAGAUCUUGAUAAGGCAGUGCUGGAGUUCAGGACAGCUCUGGAGCUUGCCGAGAGCAUUGGAGACCAUUUUGAGGAGAAGAAAGCUGCACGAGGACUAGGUGCAUCGCUACAACGGUUGGGAAAAUACAGAGAAGCAAUGAGGCACUACUCUAAAGUUCUGGAGCUAUCCAAGGAGACGGGCGAGGACUCUAGCUGCACCGAGGCCUAUGGCGCCAUAGCCGACUGCUACGCCGAGCUUGGCGAUCUGGAGCGAGCAGCGAAGGUGUAUGACAAGUACAUAUCGAGGCUGCAGCCUGGCGAUUAAUUAAUAAGCGCUCGCGAUAAGUCCCUUCCUGUUGGUUUAAUUUACUCGGCGGAAGUCGUCAUUCUUGGUCCUUCUAACUUUAUUGAAUCACUCUGAGAGCGCUUUUGGUCAUGUAUAUAAACGUCGUCAAAUGCGAUGUGAUUCCUGAAGCUUUUGAGUGACUGGACUGCCCAUAUUUCCUUCAAAGCUUUGGCUUUUCGGUGAGCUUGGGGUUAGUUCAUCAUUAAAAUGAACAUUUUGUAGCCGUA